AUGGCUUCGGCCGCUACCUCGUCGGGCAAUCCAUCGGUCAGCACAACACCACUGAAUUCACGUCCGACAACACCAAACCUCUCGACCCCUCCACCUACAGCAGUGGCCAAAGGCGGCAACGAUGAUUCGUCAAGAUUGAAGUUGUUCAUCAGCAUUCUGAGGAAAUUCAUCGGUGUCGCAGACAUCGCCAACGUUCGCUUUUCACUUCCGGCGCAGUUGCUGGAGCCAAUACCCAACUUAGAAUAUUGGCACUAUAUCGACCGACCAGAGACGUUUGUGAGCAUUGGCAAGUCCGAAAAUGAACUCGGUCGCAUGCUCGAAGUGGUUCGUUUCUGGUUUACCAAAGAUUUGAAAUUCGUCAAGGGAAAGCCUUGCAAGCCAUACAAUUCUGCACUUGGAGAGUUCUUCAGGUGUAAUUGGGAGAUCAAGGCCGAUGCUCCUUCGAUAUCUUCUCCUUCUCAAGCUCCUCCACAACCUCCUCCUGAUCCCUGUAAUGCAGCCCAGAAUGAUCCCGUACGCAUAUCCUACCUGACCGAGCAGACGUCCCACCAUCCUCCAGUCUCCGCCUAUUGGGUCGAGUGUCCAUCGAGAGGAUUGGUAGCAAGAGGUUUUGAUCAGAUCUCAGCAAAAUUUAGCGGCACUUACGUCAAGGUAGUGGCUGGCAAUCACAAUAAGGGCUUGUUCAUCACGCUGAAGAACAGAGGGAACGAGGAAUACCACAUGACACAUCCAGAUUCUCAGCUGAACGGCUUCUUACGUGGCAACAUGUACAUCUCCGUGUCAGAUGUAGUAGCGAUUACCUGUCCGAAGACAAAGCUGAAAGCCCUACUUCACUACGUCGAAGAAAGCUAUUUCGGCACAGCAAAGAACAAGGUCAUAGGCGUGAUAUACCGAUACGACCCAGACAACGAUAAACAUUCCAAGCCGAAGGAUGUACCCUCAAGUGAUGUUCUGGUGGAAGUCGAUGGAGACUGGAAAGACAAGGUUUACUAUACUAUCCCCUCCUCAAAAGCUGCCAAGAGUUAUCCAGGUCUCGAACCAACCAAGGACAAGCAGCUGAUCAUUGAUAUUGCACCUUUGAUGCCCGUGCCGAAGAUCGUGCCUCCUCCAGAAGAACAGCUCGACAAUGAAAGUCGUAAACUGUGGUCCGAGGUGAGCGAGGCAAUUCACGAUAGAAGGUACGGAGAGGCAACCACGAUCAAACAGAACAUUGAGCAACGGCAAAGGGACAAAGCCAAGGAAAGGGAAGACAACAAGAAGGUCUUCAAGCCCAGGUUUUUUGUCAGCGCGACCGACCCAUCUGGACGACCAGAAUUGACGCCUGAAGGAAGAAAGGCGUUGGACGACAUGCAAGGGUUGAACUUCCAUCUUGAGCCAAGAUUAGACGAUUCGGUAUCGGCUUAG